AUGGCUUCACAAAAUCAGUCAUCCGUGGCUGAGUUCAUCUUACAAAGUUUCUCUGAUAAUCCUCGCAUUCAAAUUUUGAUUUUCAUUCUCUUCUUAGGACUUUUUAUAGUGGCAUUCACAGGUAACUCACUCAUUAUUCUUGUGAUUACUCUAAAUCCAGGCCUCCAUACUCCCAUGUAUUUUUUCCUUGUAAAUUUGGCCUUGUUGGAUGUUCUCUCCACCUCCACUGUGGUGCCUAAAUUGCUACAGAACCUAAUGACUAAGAACACCAUCUCCUAUGGUGGUUGUAUAGCUCAGAUAUAUUUCCUAACUUGGUGUCUGGGGGCUGAACUCUUGCUUUUCACAGCCAUGGGGUAUGAUAGAUAUGCAGCCAUCUGCCAGCCCCUCCAUUACAGCACUAUUAUGAGCAAGACAACUUGCUACCUCUUAGCAUCUGCAGUAUGGGCUUUCAGUGGGAUCAAUAUAACAAUAAAUAUUGUUAUGACUGCUCGCUUAUCUUUCUGUGGACCCAACGUCAUUGAUCAUUUCUUUUGCGAGAUUCCUCCAUUAUUACCUCUCUCCUGUUCCUCAACCUAUGGUAACAAUGUAAUGGUAGUUGUGGCAGAUAUGUUCUUUGCUAUUAUCAAUUUUCUGCUUAUCCUGCUGUCCUAUGGCUUAAUUAUCUCCAGCAUCUUGAAGAUCCGGACCAAAGAAGGAAAGAAGAGAGCAUUUUCCACGUGUUCCUCCCAUCUUAUUGUGGCCACUAUGUAUUAUUGUACCAUAAUUUAUAUCUAUAUUCUUCCUGGUUUAGGUCAGUCUCUGCAGGAGGGCAAAGUAGCUUCAGUGUUUUAUACCAUAGUAACCCCAGCUUUGAACCCUCUCAUCUAUUCCCUGAGAAACAAGGAUGUGAAAAUAGCACUUGGAAAAUUAUGUCCAUGCCUUAUGAAAUAG